GUAGCGUGUAGCUGGGUGUCGUCUGCCGUCUUGCUCUGCCGUAGUUGGAUGAAUCAGUCGACGUUGACACACAGUCCUUUACUGGGAUAUGACUGUGCUUUUGUAGUAGAGAGAGCUAACUGUAGCUAGCUGCUUGUCCGGUGGUGUUUUUAAAGGACUACAUUCACCGAAAGAGAAACUGAGGACUCGUGUUUUGUUGUUAGCCUUAAUAUUUGUUUUACAAGAUGUUUUCUGGUAGCUAAAGGAACUUAACUGUUAUAUAUUAGCCGAGUAGCAGUGAGAAGCUAAGUUCACCCCAGCAACGGUUGCUAGCCUAGCAUAGUGCAGCUAGUUGGAUACCAUGAAGAAGGCUCAGUCUGACACACUGGGGUUUGUUCCUCAGAAGGACAUCGUUUAUAACAAACUCCUGCCGUACGCGGACAAGCUAGAUGAUGAGUCUAAUGAUGUUUUGAGUAAGAUAAAAGGGAACUUGUGCCGGGCUGUUCAGCUCAGAGAGAUAUGGCCCGGUGUGCUGUUCUGGACCAGGAAACUUUCCACGUACAUGAGACUGUAUGGGCGAAAGUUCAGCAAAGAAGACCAUGUGCUGUUCAUCAAGUUGCUCUAUGAGCUAGUGACGAUCCCCAAGCUGGAGAUAAGCAUGAUGCAGGGCCUUGCACGGCUUCUUAUCAACCUCCUCAAGAAACGGGAGCUACUGUCAAGGGAGGACCUUGAGUUGGAUUGGAGACCACUGUAUGAGCUACAUGACAGGAUUCUUUUCUCCAAGACAGAGCAUCUGGGCCUCAACUGGUUUCCCAAUUCUCCACGGCCUCGUUCAUCCUCUAAACUCAUAAUGCUAAAAUUGGUUCAGAGGUGCUCUGUGGAAAAUGUGCUGAAGACACUUGUGAAAAGCUGCAGACCAUACUUUCCAGUGUCCGCUACUGAGGAGAUGCUGGAUGAAUGGAGACCACUCCUCUGUCCCUUUGAUGUCACCAUGCAAAGAGCAAUCAGCUACUUUGAGCUCUUUCUACCAACGACUCUGCCUCCUGAGCUGCACAACAAGGGGUUCAAGUUGUGGUACGACGAGUUGAUCACCUUAUGGUUGUCUGUGCAAAAUCUUCCAAGCUGGGAAAUGCAUCUGGUCAAUCUCUUUGCUCGCUUGGCCAACGACAACAUUGGCUACAUUGACUGGGACCCCUACAUCCCUAAGAUUUUCACAAGAAUUUUGAGGAGUUUGAAUCUCCCUGUGGGGACCAGUCAGAUGAUGGUACCACGAUAUAUCACCAAUGCCUACGACAUCAGCCAUGUGGUGCUUUGGGUCUCAUCCCUCCUGGGAGGACCCAGCAAGCAAGCUCAAGAACAGCUCAGUGGCCUUUUCAACAGUAUUACAUCCUUCUUUCACCCAUCAAACCAUGGCCGCUGGUUGAUGAAGCUCAUGAAGCUGCUCCAACGUCUCCCUGCCAGCGUGGUGCGGCGGCUGCACCGAGAGCGCUACAGAAAGCCCACGUGGCUAACGCCAAUACCAGACAGUCACAAGCUCACAGAGGAGGAUAUCACAGACUUCGUUGAGAGUAUGAUGCAGCCGGUGCUGCUGGCCAUGUUCAGCAAGACGGGCAGUCUGGAUGCUGCCCAGGCUCUGCAAAACCUCGCUUUAAUGAGGCCUGAGUUGGUCAUUCCCCCCGUGCUGGAGAAAACAUACCCUGCUCUGGAGACUCUAACAGAGCCCCACCAGCUGACAGCCACUCUGAGCUGCAUGAUUGGUGUGGCACGGAGCCUAGUGUCAGGUGGGCAGCGCUAUCCUGAGGGGCCAACUCACAUGCUGCCCCUGCUCAUGAGGGCUUUGCCGGGCGUUGACCCAAAUGACUUCAGCAAAUGCAUGAUCACAUUCCAAUUUAUUGCUACGUUUGUGACUCUUGUGCCUUUGGUGGACUGUUCGUCCGCCCUACAUGAAAGAACUGACUUGACAGAGGUGGAAAGAGAGAUGUGCUCUGCCUCGGCUGAGUUUGAAGACUUUGUGCUUCAGUUCAUGGACAGAUGCUUUGCCCUGAUCGACAGCAGCACUCUGGAACAAACUCGCGAGGAAACGGAAACGGAGAAAAUGACUCAUUUGGAGAGUCUGGUAGAGCUCGGCCUGUCUUCCACCUUCAGCACCAUCCUCACACAGUGCUCCUUGGACAUCUUCAAGGUGGCUUUGGAAAAGGUGUUCAACUUUGCAACCACCAACAUCUUUGAGACCCGUGUAGCUGGGAGAAUGGUGGCCGACAUGUGCAGAGCUGCUUCCAAAUGUCACCCCGCCGAGUCUCUCAAGGUGUUUGUGCCACACUGCUGCAAUGCCAUAAACCAAAUCGCUGAAAAUGAGGAAGUGUUGAAUGAGGAAGAGCUUGACAAGGAGUUGUUGUGGAAUCUUCAGCUACUUUCUGAGGUGACCCGGGUGGAUGGUGACAAAGUCCUGCCCUAUCGUUCUAAUCUGGUCCAGAUUUUGCAGUUGACCCUCCACCUCAAGUGUAAGCAGGGCUACACUCUAGCUUGCAACCUGCUGCACCACAUCCUCCGCUCCUCAGCACUCAUCUACCCCACAGAGUACUGCAGUAUGCCAGGAGGCUUCCACCAACCAAUCAGUGACUACUUACCCAUCAAGGACUGGGGUCGGCCUGGGGACCUGUGGAAUUUGGAUAUCCGGUGGCAUGUGCCCAGUGUUGAGGAGACCUCCUUUGCUUUUUAUUUACUGGACCUGAUCCUCCAGCCUGAACUGCAGCGCCUUCAGAGAUUUGCACAGGGAGAACAGGACAUGAGCAGAGAUGACGUCCUGCAGAGCCUGACCAUCAUUCAACACUGCCUCCUAGGAGCUGGGAGUCUGAUGCCUCCACUGAAAGGAGAGCCCAUCCCUGAACUGGUCCAUAGUAUGGUGAAUCUAGAUGAGACCACUCUCUACACUGGAGCGCAGUAUGAUGUGUCCAGAGAGAACUACAGAGAUGCCGUCUGUAAAGUGAUGAGACAGCUGCUGCAUUACAUCCUGGAGCACUCUGAAGAUGACACCAAGUCUCUUUUCUCCAUCAUCAAGAUCAUCAGCGACCUGUUGCACUUCAAAGGUUCUCACAAGCAUGAGUUUGACUCCCGCUGGAAGAGCUUCAACCUUGUGAAGAAAUCAAUGGAAAACAGACUUCACGGCAGAAAGCAGCACAUCAGAGCUCUGCUGAUAGACAGAGUCAUGCUCCAGCAUGAGCUGCGAAAGCUGACAGUGGAAGGGUGUCAGUACAGGAGCAUUCACCAGGAGCUGAUGAGAGAUCUGUUGAGGCUUUCCACAAGCACCUACAGUCAAGUACGCAGCAGAGCUCAAAAUGUGUUGUACACUGCACUGGGAACCUACAAUUUCUGCUGCAGAGAUCUGAUCCCCCAUGUCCUAGAGUUUCUCAACCCGGAAAACAGCAGUGUCACACAGCAGCAGUUCAAAGGUGCCUUGUACUGUCUUCUGGGGAAUCACAGCGGAGUGUGCCUGGCCAAUUUGCACGACUGGGACUGCAUUGCCCUGACAUGGCCCGCCGUCGUACGCUCUGGCCUCAGCUCAGCCAUGUCUCUGGAGAAGCCCUCCAUUGUGCGGCUCUUCGAUGACCUCGCAGACAAAAUCCAUCGGCAGUAUGAGACCAUCGGCGUUGACUUCUCUAUCCCUGCUGAGUGCUGUGCUGUGGCCAAACAACUGAUGAUCGCUGGAAACCCUGUUCCCAAAGAGCCUGUUCCUCCAGAGGAAGAAGCAGCAGAGGCUCUGAAGAGGCAGGAGCUCAAAAACUCAGAGUCUGUUGAGAAAUACAAACAGCUCAUUGGUGAUCUGCUGGACUUCCUCAACAACAGGAACAUGCCUUGGAAGUUCGAACACAUUGCAAUCGGCUUCCUGUCAUUGCUGCUGAGAGAUGACCACCAACUCCCACCACCUGCUGUUACGUUCUUUGUCAAAAGCCUCAACCAUGACUCUCUCUAUGUCCGCAAGGUGGCGAUCUCAGCCGUGGCAGGGAUAAUGAAGCAAAUAAAGAGGCCGCAUAAGAAAAUCCCUGUCAGCCCCUCAGAGCUUUGUGGAGGGAAGGAGCUAAGUGGUAUUGUAGCAGGGGACCGUCUAGACAACAAGUGGCUCCAGUACAACGCCAGCAGCCUGCCACGCACACAAAAGGACUGGGAUGGCUGUGCGUUUGUGGAAAAGACCCACUGGGGAUACUACUCCUGGCCAAGAAAACUGAUGAUGUAUGCACCACUGGAGGAGCAGCCCAAACAGAACCUGAGCAGGGAGGAAAUGACAGAGCGGGAACAGAUCAUCUUCGACCACUUCUCAGACCCAGUGUUCAUCAACCAGUUCAUCGAGUUUCUCUCUCUCGAGGAUCGUAAAGGCAAGGACAAGUUCAGCCCUCGCAGGUUCUGUUUGUUCAAGGGAUUGUUUCGCAAUUUCAGUGACGUCUUUCUCCCCCUGCUGCGGCCACACAUGGAGCGCCUGGUGGCCGACUCCCAUGAGAGCAAACAGCGUUGUGUCGCGGAGAUCAUCUCUGGACUGAUCAGAGGUUCCAAGCACUGGAGCUACUCAAGGGUCGAGAACCUUUGGGAGGUCUUGUGUCCACUGCUCCGUACUGCCCUGUCCAACAUCACAAUAGAAACAUAUGCAGACUGGGGCACCUGCAUUGCCACAGCCUGUGAGAGCAGAGACCCGCGCAAGCUCUACUGGCUGUUUGAGAUGCUAAUGGAGUCUCCAGUCAACGGAGAGGGGGGCUCCUUUGUCGAUGCCUGUCGUCUCUAUGUGCUGCAGGGAGGCCUCGCUCAGCAGGAGUGGCGCGUUCCAGAGCUCCUCCACAGGUUGCUACAAUACCUGGAGCCCAAACUCACACAGGUGUACAAGAAUGUACGGGAACGCAUUGGCAGUGUGCUCACGUACAUCUUCAUGAUCGAUGUCAACUUGCCGUACACUCAGCCAACCACCUCCCCGCGCAUCUCGGACUUCACAGAGCGAAUUCUGGUGCAGCUGAAGCCUCUAACCGAGGGCGACGAGGAGAUCCAGAACCACGUGAUUGAGGAGAAUGAGGUGGGAGAGCAGGAUGAGAGGACGCAAGCCAUCAAGCUGCUCAAAACAGUGCUGAAGUGGCUGAUCGCAAGUGCUGGUCGCUCCUUCUCCACUGCCGUCCCAGAGCAUCUACGGUUGCUUCCCCUGCUCUUCAAGAUUGCUCCGGUUGAGAAUGACGACAGUUACGAUGAACUGAAGAGGGAUGCAAAGACCUGUCUGUCUCUGAUGUCUCAGGGACUCCUUUACACAGAACAGAUCCCCAUGGUCCUCAGCGCCCUGCAGGAGAUUGCUGGCAGCAGCUCCUGGCACGCUCGUUACACGGUGCUCACAUACCUCCAGAUCAUGGUUUUUUACAACCUGUUCACCUUCAUGAAUGACCAGAAAUCAGUGGAUGACGUCCGGGCACUGGUGGUACAACUGCUGGAGGAUGAGCAGCUUGAGGUAAGAGAAAUGGCCGCCACCACACUCAGCGGCUUCCUUCAGUGCAAUUUCCUGUCCAUGGACGCCCCCAUGCAGGCACAUUUCGAGGCUCUCUGCAAGACUCGCUUGCCUAAGAAGAGGAAGAGGGAGCUCGGCUCUAUAGUGGACACUAUACCCUCUGCUGACCUUAUGCGGCGCCAUGCAGGUGUUCUCGGGUUGAGUGCUUGUAUUCUCUCCAGCCCGUAUGAUGUGCCCACCUGGAUGCCCCAGCUGUUAAUGGACCUGAGUGCUCACCUGAAUGACACACAACCCAUUGAAAUGACUGUGAAGAAAACUCUGUCAAACUUCCGACGGACUCACCACGACAACUGGCAGCAACAUAAGCAGCAGUUCACAGAUGACCAGCUGCUGGUCCUGACUGACUUGCUGGUCUCCCCCUGUUACUAUGCCUAAAACCUGUUGUAUCAGUUUGGGACGACUCCAGACGGUACAGAUAAACCAGCCUGCAUUGGGGAGGAUGCUCCAGCUCUCGUCCGAUGAAAGACACCCUGGAAGAAGAGUGACACACAAAGCAACCGAGUUGUGGCACACACAGAAGGAUUGAAAAGUUGUGUACUCAUGUAUUUAGCUCAUUUACAUUUCUACUAUACUUAAUAUUUAAGGAUCAAUCAUAGCAGGGAUGAAUGACCUGCAGUUUGUAACAUUACUGUACAGAUUUUAUUUCUUCCUUUUUUUGGGUUUGUUUGUGUGCAUGUGCACGGGUGUAUGCGUGUGCGCGUUUUAUGGGAUGCUUGAAGACAUCAGCCACUGUCCCACACAUUUCUCAGGAUUCUGUCCCAAGUAUCAACUCUGAGCCAACACAAUGUCCAGUGUAGGACAUUCUCUUUGCUAUCUCCCAAUAGCGAAGUGUUUGUUACAAGCCACAGAGAACUGACUAUUGAGCAAUGGUCUCUUUAGAUUAGACUUAAACCUGCAACACACAAUGUUUGUGUGGCUGUUUGAUCUAUAUAUGAUUAUAUGCAUCGUGCAUGUGUAAAUCAUGGUAUAGCAAAUAUGCACAAACAUAUUUAUUUAUUUAUUUUUUGAAGUGCUAAGUUUAAUUUUUUUUUUUGCCAUAGAAGGUAUUGUCGAGAUAAAGUAGAUGGCUGAGCUUUUAGCAUUGGAGCCUGUUGUCGUCUACUCUUGCAAAAGAAAGGGAGAGGGCAAGCUCCCCACUGCUGUGCUGUGUGAUGCGUUUGCUGUGAGAACCGUUUGAUUACCAUUUCGUGUGUCUCGAAAAUAACCAAACCGCCUGUCCAUAAUCGUGACUUCUCUCGUAUCCCCGGUAUUAUUUACCUUUUUCUAAAACCCACUAAGAUUUUGGUUCGCUUUCCCCUGAUGACUUGAAAUCAGUCCAAGCAUUGACACAUUUAGUACCUCACUUAUGUAUAGUGUAGUGCCAAAACUGCAGUGAUUUAUUUUUUUUUUUUUUUAGAUGUACUGUUUGCUUAUUGAAUGAGAUGUCAAUAAAUCGUUUGUAACAAAAA